UGCGGCCGGGAAGGCGCGGCCUGGAGGGGUGCUGAGGGGGCGGCGCUGGCGCAUGGACGGCUUCCGGACUCUAGGUAUCUCGCUUCCCCUCAGUUGGUCCCCAACGUCUCUCCUUUCAGCUGCGGCAAGGGCUCGGGGCCGCAGAACCGCAACCUUGCCAAUGGACCUGGUCGGUUUUGGUUAUGCAGCCCUCGUGACAUUUGGAAGCAUUUUGGGAUAUAAACGGAGAGGUGGUGUUCCAUCUUUGAUUGCUGGUCUUGUGGUUGGGUUUUUGGCUGCCUAUGGAGCUUACCGUGUCUCCAAUGACAAACGAGACAUAAAAGUGUCACUGUUUACAGCUUUCUUCCUGGCCACCAUAAUGGGUGUGAGGUUUAAGAGGUCCAAGAAAAUAAUGCCUGCCGGGCUGGUUGCCGGUUUAAGCCUCAUGAUGAUCCUGAGACUUGUCAUGUUGCUGCUCUGAGCAUCCAGAGGAACCGCAAACCAAGUCUGUGUCACAUCCUCUUAUAACGGGCAGGGCAUAAUUUUGUUUCUAAAAGAUAAAUUUCAAUAUGGAAUUUUCAAUAUGUCUUAUUUCAUGCUAGAAACAAAAGUAACACUGUCACCUCUAAUAUAAACAUAAGUUUGAGUUGUUUUUUUUUUCUUAAACAAAAACUUGUCAAGCAUUGUUUUCAUUAAAGAUGUUUAAUCAUGAUAUGCUUUCCCAUUUGCUGGGUGUAUUUUAAUGUAUGUGGCAUUUUUUGACAAUUUCAAAUUCUCACAUCUCAAGUAAGUUUAAAUUAAACUAUAGUUUUUCAAAUAAAGGAAUUCCUUAAGUGGACAUCACAGAACGCUAAUAUAUCUAUUUGUUGUUUGUAUUGUAUUAGAAAUUAUAAUUUUCCAUUUUAAUUGCAUUGCUGCCAGUGUUAUUUUUUUCUUUAAAGAAAAUUUCAUUCCCAGCACACUGUGUGUCCUAGAAUGUAUUCAGUAUUCAAAUAAAAGACAUUUUGUUUUAAA